AUGCUGGAAGCGCCGACGCCGCCCUUGUCUCAAGGGCCAUUGUCUCACCAUGUACCAAUAUCUCAGCAGUUUCUUCAUCUUCUCCUAGGAGAUGAUGCAGCAGCCGCCUUGACGCUAGGUGAAGAUGUAAAUGCUAAGUCCAUAGACAAGCCGACGCCAUCGAAUGGGCUCACGAGGCCGAACCUCACGGACGAGCUGCAGGACGAAAGUCGGCAGUUCCAGGCAUCCUAUGAGGCAACCCUCCCUACAGGCGGCGCCGAGGGAAACACUAUAAAGGUCCCAGGCAUCGAUGAAAUUCUUCAGAUGACCGGCGAUGAGCUUUGUAGGCAGCCGGCACUGCUGCAUAUAGAGGCGGAAAAGCUUGUGGAUGCCCAAGACAAACUGGCGGUGCAGAACUGCUCGCUGUUUCUGGCCUCGUCGAAAGCACUUAGUAGCCUAAGCAGAAGUAUCAGUAGCCUCUCCGCGACGCUGGGUGAGAUGGAACAGUGCAUUCAGCCGCUACAAAAUGGCCUAAAGCAAUUCAGGGCUGAGAGUAACGCAGCGGCGAGUCACGAAGCCUCACUACAUAUCCUCAUCUCACUUCAGCCGUCAGUGUCAGGGUUGCUCGAGUUGCCGUCGCUCGUGCUGAACUGCUCCAACGGAGGGCUUUAUGAUGAGGCGGUGGAUGCUCUGAUGCUGGCGGACGAAAGAAUAGCUUCUCUUCGAGCCAACGGAUGCUGCGGCAUGCGUUUGCUUGAUUCUUUGGAAGUACAGAUGAAAGAAGCCCGGAAUACAUGCAUGAAAGCAAUGCUGAGACAGCUAGGGCAGCACGCCCAACUGGCUGCUUCUAUCAAGCUGAUUGGCCCACUCCGCCGCCUGUCUUGCUCAGAAGAGCAACUAACGACACAAUUUCUUCAUCGGCGAGAUGGAGAAAUAUCUCGUCAGCGUCACAACGCUGAAGUAACCUGCGAAACAGACCCAGCACAUGGAUUAUGCGCAGCAGCGGAGCUGCUACGGGUUGACAUUUUGCAAACAGCAGUGCAUUAUCGGGCAAUUUUUGGCAAGACGGAUGGGCGCUUGUCGACGUGGCUGGCAGAGCAGGUGCAUUGGUUUGUAAAGCUACUAAAUCAAGAGCUUCUGAAGAGUAGUAGCAAAAACGUAGCAGUUGAGAGCUUCGAAUCCGGAAGAUCUUCAAUCGACAUUGCGGCAGUUGAGGCACUCGCGAAUCAAACUAGCGUGCAACCUCCGUCUAAUUUCAGACUGGGAUUACUAGAUCUCGCCACGGUAUUCAGGCAGACAUAUAACGCUGCCACUGCAUUCCGUCGAGUGCAGUGCUACUUCUUCCCGGUGGUCGCCUUUACGUUUGACCGUUACGUUGUGGCAGUGCAUCGGCAGACAAUUGAAUGCAUUGCUGCAGCGUUUGCGCGGAGCAUGAACGAAUACGACUUCACGCCGUCGAUGCUUCACUUUAGCCUACUGGAGAGCUCCCCUUGGUUCCAAUCGUGCCUGUCUGUCAUUCCAGGCUGUGUUUUUCUCCUGCGGCACGGGCCCGUGUCAAAUUUGUACAAUAGCAUUGCAGAGGUAUUAAACGCUUUUCAAGAGUGUCCCAUCUCAACAACGGCACCGCGCGUCGUCAUUUUGAUAGAAAGUUUGCUCGUCUUCUGCAUCCGCAAGCUGACUUCGAUGAAGCCAGGGAACCGCGACGACUUUGAAGGGGAGAUAAAUGCGAUUGAAAAUAGUUUGCUUCAAAAGAAAGAUGUUUCUGGAGAUGCCAACACUCGUCGGCCAGAAUUCUUUGUUCUCUGUGACAUCUUCGCCUCCAUUUUGAUCUCAACAGUUGCAAGGCAGCUUGCACUGACAAUUGCCUGUCACACAGGCCUGGACACUGAAAAACUACGCGCACUCAUGACCGAGGCAGGCCUCUGUCGCAGCCCAAACCCCCUCACAGCGGCAUUGACAGCUCCGGACACGAAUGCUUCUGCCCCAAACACACCGUCGUUGGCUCCAUGCCAGCCCUUGGAGGCGACACUGAACCAUCACGUUUCCUAA